AUGGGGAUCGCUUUGAAGGUCUGCCUGUAUCUGCUUUUUAACUUUAUUUCAGCAGAUUCAGAGCUCAGAUCAGUAACCUGUCAGCUACAGGGACACUUCAGGUUAAAUGGAAUGUACCAGGAUGGUGAUGUUAUAUUUGGAGGCCUGUUUGAGGUUGAUUUCCUCACAGUGUUCCCAGAGCUGAGCUUCAGAACAGAGCCGGAACCACCAUACUGUGAGCAAUUUGAUAUGGAAAGCUUUCAGCAGGCACAGACCAUGGCUUUCGUAAUAGAUGAGAUUAAUAAGAAUCCAAACCUACUGCCUAACAUCACUCUUGGUUACCAUCUUUAUGACAAUUGUGUGAUGCUAGGAAUGGCGUUCCGGGCUGCCAUAUCCUUGGCUAGUGGAACUGAGGAGUCCUUCCCUAACCUCAACUGCACUGGCCCACCACCAGUGAUUGGAAUUGUGGGGGAUUCAAGUUCAACUGUUUCUAUUGCAAUUUCAAGUAUUCUGGGGCUGUUUCGAGUACCUAUAGUUAGUCACUACGCCACCUGCUCCUGUUUGAGUAACAGGAAAAAGUACCCCUCUUUCUUCAGAACGAUCCCCAGUGAUGCCUUCCAGGUGCGUGCUAUGGUUCAGAUCUUAAAAUAUUUUGGAUGGACCUGGGUUGGUCUUAUCUACAGCGAUGAUGACUACGGCAUCAAUGCUGCUCAAUCCUUCCUGCAGGAAAUGCAGCUGUUUGGAGGUUGUGUUGCUUUUUCUGAAAUCCUGCCCAAUGAUAACAAUCCCAAAGACAUUCAGCAUAUAACAAGAGUGAUUCAGGCCUCUACAGCUAGAGUGGUGGUUGUUUUUUCCACUCCUUCCUUUUUGAUACCAUUGAUAGAUGAAGUGGUGUUGCAGAACAUGACAGGUAGGCAGUGGAUUGCCAGUGAAGCUUGGGCCACAUCUUUUGUACACCACACUCCACGUUUACUGCCCUUCAUGAAGGGCACAAUAGGCAUCGCUAUCAGGCGUGGAGAGAUUCAGGGGCUUUAUGAUUUUCUACUUCGUCUCCGUCCUAACAAUGAUCCAAAAAAUAAUAUGCUGAGGUUGUUUUGGGAGAAAAUGUUCAGGUGCCGUUUCGAAGCUGGGGGUCGGGAGACAGGUGGAGAGCAAGUGAAAAAGGUGUGUACAGGACAGGAGGAUCUGAGCACCACAAACACGCCAUACACUGAUGUUUCAGAGCUGAGAGCCUCUUAUAAUGUCUAUAAGGCAGUUUAUGCCCUGGCACAUGCACUUCAUGACCUGAUGCAGUGUGAGGAGGGAAGAGGGCCAUUCAGUGGGAAUAGCUGUGCCGACAUGACAAACCUGAAACCUUGGCAGCUGGUUCACUACCUACAGAAUGUGAACUUCACCACAGGCUUUGGGGAUCAUGUGUCAUUUGAUGAGAAUGGAGAUGCUCUGGCGAUCUAUGAUGUGCAGAACUGGCAACCGAGCUCUGAUGGAUCAAUAAGAGCCCAAACAGUUGGUGUAGUAAAUGAAGAGGAGACAACAGGGAUGGUGCUUACACUGAAUGAUGAUGCAUUAUAUUGGAACUUUGAGCCUAAAAAACCCCCAAGGUCUGUGUGCAGUGAAAGCUGUCCCAUGGGCACAAGGCGAGCCACAAGGAAAGGCUUUCCUGUCUGCUGUUUUGACUGCCUGCCAUGUGGAGAUGGAGAAAUUUCUAAUACAACAGAUGCUAUAAAGUGCAUAGUGUGUCCAGAUGAGUUCUGGUCGAAUUCAUAUAAAGAUCAGUGUGUCCCCAAAGAAGUAGAGUUUCUGUCCUAUGAAGAUCCUCUGGGCAUAUCUCUGACCACUGCUUCCCUACUAGGUGCCUGCUUUUGUGCUCUUGUGAUGAUCAUCUUCGCUCUUCACCGUAAUACUCCCAUAGUACGUGCCAACAAUUCAGAGCUCAGUUUCCUACUGUUGCUGUCACUCAAACUGUGUUUCCUUUGUGUCCUGCUUUUCAUUGGCCGGCCACAAUUGUGGACGUGUCAGUUAAGGCAUGCUGUGUUUGGCAUAAGCUUUGUCCUGUGCAUCUCCAGCAUCCUGGUCAAGACUAUGGUGGUAAUAGCUGUGUUCAAGUCAUCUCGACCAGAGGGCAAAGGUGCUAUGAAAUGGUUUGGAGCAGCUCAACAAAGAUGCACAGUUCUAGUCCUAACAGCCAUCCAGGUUGUAAUAUGUGCAGUCUGGUUAUCGACUGCCUCUCCAACACCCCAUAAAAACAACCAGUAUAUCCGCUCUAAAAUAGUAUAUGAAUGUGCUAUAGGCUCAGUGGCUGGUUUUUCUAUGCUGCUGGCAUACAUUGGACUGUUGGCAGCAGUAAGCUUCCUGUUAGCCUUCCUGGCGAGAAACCUUCCAGAUAAUUUUAAUGAAGCAAAGUUCAUCACUUUUAGCAUGUUGAUUUUCUGUGCUGUGUGGAUUGCAUUUGUUCCAGCAUAUGUGAGCUCACCAGGGAAAUAUGCAGUAGCUGUAGAGAUAUUUGCUAUUUUAGCUUCUAGUUUUGGAUUACUGGUGGCCAUAUUUGCCCCUAAAUGCUACAUUAUCCUCUUACAUCCAGAGAGGAACACUAAAAAAGCCAUCAUGGGAAGAGAAACGCAAAAGAAAUAG